CGCAGCAUCAGCACCAGCAGCGGCGGUGGCGGCCGAGCCCUGAGGCCACAUCUUUAGGGGCUGCGACGGAGGCGACGGGCCGCGGUCUCCGGACUACGGGCAGCCAGGGCUGGAGGGCAGGCGCGCCGGCGGACAGCGGGCCGCGCUGGCGGCGGCGGUGGCCGCAAUGAUGGAGAUCCAGAUGGACGAGGGCGGCGUAGUGGUGUACCAGGACGACUACUGCUCCGGCUCCGUGAUGUCGGAGCGGGUGUCGGGCCUGGCGGGCUCCAUCUACCGCGAGUUCGAGCGCCUCAUCCACUGCUACGACGAGGAGGUUGUCAAGGAGCUCAUGCCGCUUGUGGUCAACGUGUUGGAGAACCUGGACUCGGUGCUCAGCGAGAACCAGGAGCACGAGGUGGAACUGGAGCUGCUGCGCGAGGACAACGAGCAGCUGCUCACCCAGUACGAGCGCGAGAAGGCGCUGCGCAAGCAGGCCGAGGAGAAAUUCAUCGAGUUUGAAGAUGCCUUGGAACAAGAGAAGAAAGAGCUACAAAUCCAGGUGGAACACUAUGAGUUUCAGACCCGUCAGCUGGAACUGAAGGCCAAAAACUAUGCAGAUCAGAUUUGCCGGUUGGAGGAGCGAGAGUCAGAAAUGAAGAAGGAGUACAACGCUUUGCACCAGCGACACACAGAGAUGAUACAGACCUACGUGGAGCACAUCGAGAGGUCCAAGAUACAGCAAGUUGGGGGGAACAGCCAGACCGAGAGCAGCCUGCCCGGGCGGAGCAGGAAGGAGCGCCCCACCUCUCUGAAUGUCUUCCCCCUGACCGACGGCAUGGUACGUGCACAGAUGGGGGGCAAGCUCGUGCCUUCGGGGGACCACUGGCACCUGAGUGACCUCGGCCAGCUGCAGUUCAGCUCCACCUACCAGUGUCCACAUGAUGAGAUGUCUCAGUCGGGCCAGUCCUCAGUGGCUGCCACGCCCAGCACCACGGGCACCAAGUCCAACACACCCUCGUCCUCCGUGCCCUCGGCCGCAGUCACACCCCUCAACGAGAGCCUGCAGCCCCUGGGGGAUUACAGCACUGGCACCAAGAACAGCAAGCGGGCUCGGGAAAAGCGCAACAGCCGCAACAUGGAGGUCCAGGUCACGCAGGAGAUGCGAAACGUCAGCAUAGGCAUGGGCAGCAGUGACGAGUGGUCUGAUGUUCCAGACAUUAUCGACUCCACCCCAGAGCUGGACGUGGGCCGGGAGCCCCGCCUCGACCGCACCGGCAACAGCCCGACCCAGGGGAUUGUCAACAAGGCGUUUGGCAUCAACACUGACUCCCUGUACCACGAGCUGUCCACCGCGGGGUCCGAGGUCAUCGGGGACGUGGACGAAGGGGCCGACCUGCUAGGGGAGUUCUCAGUGCGCGAUGAUUUUUUUGGAAUGGGCAAGGAAGUGGGGAAUCUGCUGCUGGAGAACUCACAGCUUCUAGAAACCAAAAACGCCCUGAACGUGGUGAAGAAUGACCUCAUCGCCAAAGUGGACCAGCUGUCUGGGGAGCAGGAGGCGCUGAAGGGGGACUUGGAAGCGGCCAGGCAAGCCAAACUAAGGCUGGAGAGCCGGAUCAAGGACCUGGAGGAGGAGCUGAGGAGAGUGAAGUCCGAGGCCAUCAUUGCCCGCCGUGAACCCAAAGAAGAGGGGGAGGAUGUAAGCAGCUAUCUCUGUACAGAAUUGGACAAGAUUCCCAUGGCGCAGCGCCGCCGCUUCACGCGGGUGGAGAUGGCCCGUGUGCUGAUGGAGCGCAACCAGUACAAGGAGCGGCUGAUGGAGCUGCAGGAGGCUGUGCGGUGGACCGAGAUGAUCAGAGCAUCCCGAGAGCACCCAUCUGUCCAGGAGAAGAAGAAGUCCACCAUCUGGCAGUUCUUCAGCCGCCUCUUCAGCUCCUCGUCCAGCCCCCCUCCAGCCAAGCGGUCCUACCCCUCAGUGAACAUUCAUUACAAGUCACCCACCACGGCAGGCUUCAGUCAGCGCCGCAGCCACGCCCUGUGCCAGAUCUCAGCAGGCAACCGGCCCCUGGAGUUCUUCCCAGAUGACGACUGCACCUCCUCUGCCAGGCGGGAGCAGAAGCGUGAGCAGUACCGCCAGGUGCGCGAGCACGUGCGCAAUGAUGACGGGCGGCUGCAGGCCUGCGGCUGGAGCCUGCCGGCCAAGUACAAACAGCUGAGUCCUAAUGGGGGCCAGGAGGACACACGGAUGAAGAACGUGCCUGUUCCGGUGUACUGCCGCCCUCUGGUAGAGAAGGAUCCAACCAUGAAGCUGUGGUGUGCUGCGGGGGUCAACCUGAGCGGCUGGAAACCCAGUGAGGACCACACUGGGAAUGGAGUCAAGCUGGAGCCAGGCUUUGACCCUCUGACCUGCAACCGGGAAGUGGAAGGAGAAACCAAGAGCAACCACACAUCGCCAGAGAAGAAAAAGGCAAAGGAGCUCCAUGAGACAGACGCCACCUCAAGCCGGGUGUGGAUCCUCACCAGCACCCUGACCACUAGCAAGGUGGUGAUCAUAGAUGCCAACCAGCCGGGCACCGUGGUGGACCAGUUCACCGUCUGCAAUGCCCAUGUCCUGUGCAUCUCCAGCAUCCCCGCGGCCAGCGACAGUGACUACCCUCCAGGGGAGAUCUUCCUGGACAGCGACGUGAACCCUGAGGACUCUGGUGCAGACGGUGUGCUGGCCGGCAUCACCCUAGUGGGCUGCGCCACACGCUGCAAUGUUCCACGAAGCAACUGCUCCUCCCGAGGGGACACCCCAGUGCUGGACAAGGGCCAGGGGGAGGUGGCUACUGUCGCCAAUGGGAAGGUCAACCCUUCACAGUCCACGGAAGAGGCCACAGAGGCCACAGAAGUCCCUGACUCUGGGCCCAGUGAGGCAGAGGCAGCUGCAGUGCGGCCCGGGCCCCUCACGGAACACGUCUUCACCGACCCGGCCCCUGCCCCACCCCCCAGUGCCCAGCCUGGCAGUGAAAACGGGCCAGAGGCGAACCCGAGUGAUGUGCAGCCCGAGCCAGAGCCCAGUGGAGACCCCAAGGGCGCCAGCAGCAGUGCCUCGCCCACCAUGUGGCUGGGAGCGCAGAAUGGCUGGCUGUACGUGCACUCGGCCGUAUCCAACUGGAAGAAGUGCCUGCACUCCAUCAAGCUGAAGGACUCCGUGCUGAGCUUGGUGCACGUGAAAGGACGAGUGCUGGUGGCCCUGGCAGAUGGGACCCUGGCCAUCUUCCACCGCGGUGAAGAUGGCCAGUGGGACCUGAGCAACUAUCAUCUGAUGGACCUGGGCCACCCACACCACUCCAUCCGCUGCAUGGCCGUCGUGUACGACCGCGUCUGGUGCGGCUACAAGAACAAGGUGCACGUCAUUCAGCCCAAGACGAUGCAGAUAGAGAAGUCGUUUGAUGCCCACCCGCGGCGGGAGAGCCAAGUGCGGCAACUGGCAUGGAUCGGCGACGGGGUGUGGGUGUCCAUCCGCUUGGACUCCACACUGCGGCUGUACCACGCCCACACCCACCAGCACCUGCAGGACGUGGACAUCGAGCCCUACGUCAGCAAGAUGCUGGGCACCGGCAAGCUGGGCUUCUCUUUCGUGCGCAUCACGGCCCUGCUUAUUGCGGGCAACCGUCUCUGGGUGGGCACCGGCAAUGGAGUCGUCAUCUCCAUCCCACUGACCGAGACUGUGGUUCUGCACCGAGGCCAGCUCCUGGGGCUCCGAGCCAACAAGACGUCCCCCACAUCUGGGGAGGGGGCCCGCCCAGGAGGCGUCAUCCACGUGUACGGCGACGACAGCGCCGACAAAUCGGCUAGCAGCUUCAUCCCCUACUGCUCCAUGGCGCAGGCUCAGCUCUGCUUCCAUGGGCACCGGGACGCUGUCAAGUUCUUUGUCUCAGUGCCAGGGAACGUGUUGGCCACGCUCAAUGGCAGUGUACUGGACAGUCCGUCUGAGAGCCCCGGGCCUACCGCCCCUGCCUCAGAUGCCGAGGGCCAGAAGCUGAAGAAUGUGCUGGUGCUGAGCGGUGGGGAGGGCUACAUUGACUUCCGCAUUGGCGAUGGGGAGGAUGAUGAGACGGAGGAGAGUGCAGGGGACGUGAGCCAGGUGAAGCCCAUGCUGUCCAAGGCUGAGCGCAGCCACAUCAUCGUGUGGCAGGUGUCCUACUCCCCUGAGUGAGGCAUGGCCUCUAUUGCCCCUACCUGGCACCGUCAUGUACAUAUGCCCCACCCUGCCCCGUGGGGCAGCCCACCAGCCCCUCUAACCUCUCAACCUGCAGCUUUCACCUUAGGUCCGGCCUGGGAGCUGACAGGGGCAGCAAGCAGCAAAGCGGAUCUGGCUGGGAGGUGGGAGGGACAGAGCCUUUGGGGACACCCUUUUCCAAGCAGCUCCUGGCCAGCCCCUCGUCCAGAACCCAGACCCAGGGCACUGGAGGGCCAGAACAAGGCAGAAUUCCGGAGUGAACAGCCCCCAGGGAGCUCCCACCUGCACCACGGGCUCCCCAUCUCACCAGGGGAGGUAGCAGGGUCCUCACUGCCGAGGCC